UAUGGGACGCCUCACCACCGCAGUGCACCUUUUUCAUAUGAGUAAUGUUAGUAUAACAUUCGGGUCCGUCACCGUCGCCGGACCCGUUCCAAAGCAACAGUGGCAUACGGUUGUGCUCGCAGGUCGGUCGGUUCUGCUUCGGGUCGCUCGUUGUUCUCAUAUCGGACCGAGACGGUGUUCAUUCGAGUUCCGUUUUUCGUACGUUUUCAACACAGUUAACUUUUGUCGUAGUGAAUGUGUUUAUCGACUUUGCCGGGCGACUCGUCACCAUUCGCUGACAAGUUCAACAGCGUGUCAAAAAUGUAAGCUUUUUACGGCGAAAAUAAAAUUCGAAAUCAUGUAAUUCUGUACACGGUGCAUAGUUCUAUUCCUAAGUAAAGUUUACAGACUCCUCUGCGCAAAAAGAAUGACACGUCGGUUGCCGUCAUGAACUUUCAUUUAGUCGCUGGUCUUAUCCCGUGGAUGCUGUUAUUACACAUACCAGCUGGCUUUUCGUCUGCUCUUCCGCAUAAGGAGUUCGACUGUAAAGGUCGCGUGGAACGGUGCGAAAGGAGAAAAGCGGCGACCAAGAGACCGGUGUGCGGUACCGACAACGUGAGCUACCCGAAUAGGUGUGCCUUACUUCGAGUCCGGUGCUUUAACGACUCUCUGUUGCGUGUUAAGCACAGGGGGCGGUGCAAAGAAAAGCAGCCUUGUUGGGUGGACCAGACCAUAAAAACGGUAGAUCCGAACAGAACGCCGGACUCGUAUGUGCCCAGAUGUAAGGCAGACGGUACUUAUUUCCGAAUCCAGUGUCAUAAAAAAGAAGGGUACUGUUGGUGCGUGACGCCAGCCGGAAAAGUCGUGCCCAACACUAUUGUACGGGGACAAAAACCGAAAUGCGAUGGUGGCAAAGGUAAAUGGCGAAGAGGAUCGUCAAAAAAAGGAACCAACCCUACCAAAGAAUGCAGCAAAAGUGAUAAAGCGGCUUUCGUAAAUAAUUUAGUGCGCAUAUUUAAAACAGAGUACAACCGCGAACAAUACACAGCUAUAGCUACCACCAGUGGCGAUCGUUCAUUGUUAGAUUCGAGCGUUUUAGAAAAACGGGCCUUAGAAUGGAAAUUCAAUACAUUAGAUAAUGACAGGAACAAUAACUUGACUAAAGUUGAAUAUAGAGAACUUAAGCGACUGGUUCGUAAGGUAGUUAGACCUAAAAGAUGUUCUCGGUCAUUCGUGCGCAUGUGCGACAUAGACCAUAACAAUAUUUUGUCAAAAUUUGAAUGGACUAAUUGUUUAACUGUUGAUCUGGAAGCGCUGGGUAAAAAGUUAACGACUACGACUUCUACUACAACUACAACAACUACUACAACUUCUGCGCCAAUUGACGAUUAUGAAGAUAAAGGCGGAAUUGGACUAGAAGAAGCAGAUCCUGAAGAUAUAUUACAAGAAAGUGUAGCUACUCUAAGUGGUAGCUUACCUGGUUUAAUGGCUGAAGGAGACCAAGAAGAAGAAUCUGAAGUUAAUGACUGUUUAAAAGACAGACAAGAAGCUUUAGAUGACCCCUCAGCAUCAUCCCACAAAUAUAUUCCAGAAUGUACAUCAGAAGGACGAUACAAACGUGUUCAAUGUUAUAAAUCUGUUGGUUAUUGUUGGUGUGCCCAAGAAGAUAAUGGGAAACCUAUACCAGGAACUUCAGUAAAAGACUCAAACCCAAAGUGUGAUACUGUACCAGAAAUUUCUAGACCAAUGAAAGGAUGUCCAGACCAUAAAAAAACUAUUUUCUUAAAAGAUCUCAUGAAUUAUUUAAAACAGAAACACAAUCAAAACAAUUCAUCACACUCGGACUAUGAAGCUAUAAUAACAGAUAUUUUCCAUUCAUUAGAUACAAAUCACAAUAAAGUUUUAGAGCGUAAAGAAUGGAAAAGUUUCAGAGAAGAAAUGUCCUCUGACAGCAAGUUAAAACAAUGUGGAAAGAAACUUCCUCGACAUUGUGAUGUUGAUUACGACAAUAACAUUGGUUUAACAGAAUGGUUGAAUUGCUUAAAUGUAAACCAUGUUCAAACUCAAAUACAGUCUGCAGAUAGCAGUACAUCGGUAUUAGCAAAACGAAGAGGUCCUAAUCCACUAGAAUCAUAUCUGAAAGGAGAUGAUUAAAAAAUUUAAAUCACAUUAUUUUAAAAGAUUUUUAUUAAGACUGUUCUAAUACUCUUUAACAGCUUUAUUAGACUUUAAUACUAUUAUUAUUUUAUAUUUUUAAAAAUAUUAUUAUUGCUUAUUUUUCAAUAGUAUAUAUAUAUAUAUUUAUAUAUCAUUAUUUAUUUAUAUAAAACCAUAAUAAUAAAAAUAUGCUUUAUUAUUUUAUAAUGUAAAAUAAAAAAAUCGAAAAAUACUUUGAAUAAUACUAUAAAGAAAUUUUAAAAAGUAGCGUGCAGCAAUGAUGAACAAUGUUUAGUCUUAAAAUAUAAGGCCCAUCGAUUAUAAAACUCUAAACAUAUCACAGAUUAUACAAAAAAAUUAAAAAAAUAUAAUUGUUACACUAUUGUUAUACAAUUAAAUUAAAUGUUAGCUUUGGCUUAA